AGAGGACAAGGGUGCAUACAGAUCUCUGUAAGCAAAAAUGAUCGCUGGUUUCUUCUUUCUGCUCAUAAUCACGGGUGGAUAUGUCUCCAAUGUAGAGCUACCAGAUGCUGAUAAGCAAAAAAGCAAUGGGACAAUUACUGGAGAUAACAAAGAUGAAGAGGAGAAAGUCUGUAAUUUUCAGGAUAUUGUCAAUCACCUGAAUCUGAAAAAAGACGAAUUUAAAUACACUAUGAGCCGGCCCAUUAUAAACAACAAAGAUUAUACAGAAGUGUUUGUUACAACAAGACUCUAUGCCAUCUUAGAUAUGGCUUGGCGCAAUGAGUACAUUAACUGGAAACCAGAGGAUUUCUGUGGAAUUGAAUAUAUAACAAUUCCUACUUCAUAUCUGUGGAUUCCAGAUAUAACUAUUGAAGAGAUGACAGAAAAAGAUAAAGCGUCUCCGAGUCCAUAUCUCAGCAUAUAUCACAAUGGCUCGGUUGAGUUCAGGAAUGACCAGGUGGUGCAAAGCACCUGCAAGAUGCAUGUUUACAAAUUUCCUUUUGACACCCAGAGCUGCAACCUCUCCUUCAAGUCUAUCUUUCACGAUGAUAAAGAAAUAUAUUUGCGGAACAAAUCUAUUAACAAUUCAACGGUCACAGAAUUGUCUCGUAAGAUGAUGCACACGCAGUAUGAGUGGCUGUUCAUCGACAUGUCAGUCAACAACGAAAUUGUUGAAGAUUAUGGAUUCAAUCAAACUGUGGUCAUUUACACUAUUACCAUGAAGAGGAGGUCUGUCCUCUACGUUGCCAAUUUCCUCCUGCCAGUGCUCUUCUUCUUGCUUCUGGACUUAUCCUCCUUCCUGAUCUCAGACACUGGGGGUGAGAAACUCGGCUUCAAGGUCACUGUCUUGCUUGCUGUCACAGUGAUGCAGCUUCUUCUCAAUGAGAUUCUGCCGAGCUCUUCAGACAGUAUUCCACUUAUAGCUGUCUACUGCAUUGGAAUUUUUGCUCUGAUGCUGCUCAGCCUCCUGGAGGCAAUUUUGGUCAAGCAUCUGAUUGAAAAGGAUUCUGCAGUUGAAGAUGAGACAGAUGGAGACCGAAGCCUGGGGGAGAACUCUGGGAACAACCAGGGCAGCCACAACUUCUACAGCUGUUUUAGAGCUUUUACCCACAUCCUGAAAUCUGUGGCUGAACAGAUUUUGAAGUUCUGUAUGUGGCUCAGGACCAUCGACAUGGACACUUUUUACAACCAGUUCCAAAAGUGUUGA